AUGCGUACCAAAUCCACUCUCUUAUUUGCGCUGGCCGCACUCUCCGCUACCGUCCUUGCCAGCCCCAUCCAUACCUCCAAGCUUGAGAUCGCCACCACUGAACCUCUUGUCAAUAGACAAGUCUCUGUUUCCGACGAGGAGCUUGCCGAGAUUAUGGCUGCGAAUGAGGCGAACCAUGACGGAGAGGCAUAUGACAAGCGACAAGUCUCUGUUUCUGAUGAGGAGCUUGCUGAAAUUAUGGCUCUGAAUGAGGCGAAUCAUGAUGGAGAGGCAUAUGACAAGCGACAAGUCUCUGUUUCUGAUGAGGAGCUUGCUGAGAUUAUGGCUCUGAAUGAGGCGAAUCAUGAUGGAGAGGCAUAUGACAAGAGACAAGUCUCUGUUUCCGACGAGGAGCUUGCCGAGAUUAUGGCUCUGAAUGAGGCAAACCACGACGGAGAGGCUGAAGAUUAG